UUGAGUUUUCUGGUGUUAAAUUUUCUGAAAAUUGCUGCUGUAUUUUAAUAUUAAUAAUGAUUUUUUUGUCACCCUCGUUAAAAAUGAUUACUCUUUUUCUUAAUUUUAUGUUAUGUAUGUUAGAAUAACAGUAAUUUAAAGGAAAAAUAUACAUAAUGUCAGAAGAAAAAAGUUUCGAAGCUCAGUUACAGUCGAUAAAUAAUGACAUAAAUCAUAUUGACCAGGCUAUACACAAGCUCAAUACAAAGCGACAGAAGUUAUUAACACAAAAAGAGCAAAUCAAGAAACGUAUCCAAGAAGAAGCCUCUGAAAAAUUAGCAAGCCAAAACUGGGAAAGAUGUGAUCAUCCUUGGUCAAAAAAAGUUGAUGAAGUUUUGAAGACUGUAUUUAAGUUGAAUAAGUUCAGACCUUACCAGUUAUCCACUAUAAAUGCUGUUAUGUCUAAGCAUGAUUGCAUUCUUCUAAUGCCAACUGGAGGUGGAAAAAGUCUGUGCUAUCAAUUGCCUGCCAUGGUCCUAGACGGUAUUACUUUGGUUGUGUCGCCACUAGUGUCUUUGAUGGAAGAUCAAAUAAUGGCUAUGGAGUCCUUGAAUGUUCCAGCAGCAUUACUAAAUGCUAAUAGCUCUAGGGAACAUGUGAAUUAUGUCCACAGUCAGAUGACUGAAAAGAAACCCUCUUUGAAGCUGCUCUAUGUUACACCAGAAAAAUUAGCGAAAAGCAAACGCUUCAUGGCGAAAUUGGAGAAAAUGUAUAAAAUGGGCUCAUUCUCUUUACUGGCAAUAGAUGAAGUUCAUUGUUGCUCACAAUGGGGUCAUGACUUCAGAACAGACUAUAAGUUUCUUGGAAUCAUGAAACGUCAAUUCCCAAAAGUACCAAUUCUUGGAUUAACAGCAACAGCUACCUCCUCUGUUAUUGCUGAUGUUCAAAAUAUCUUAAACAUUCAAGGAUGCCUAGUGCUAAAAGCUUCUUUUAACCGUCCAAAUUUGAAGUAUGAGGUAUUUUGCAAAUCUUCAAAUCAAAAAGAUAAUGUGGGAGAGUUAGAAAAUAUGCUAAGUAAUCGCUUCAAUGGACUUUCAGGAAUCAUUUAUUGUUUUUCUGUUAAGGACUCUGAGGAAAUUGCAUCAGAAUUGAGAAAAAGAUCCAUAAAGGCCCAGGCAUACCAUGCUCAGCUGGAUGCUAAGUCUCGAAGCAGUGUGCACAAGAGUUGGGCCUCCAAUCGUACACAAGUAAUUGUUGCAACUGUUGCUUUUGGAAUGGGUAUUGAUAAGCCUGAUGUACGUUUUGUCAUUCAUUAUUCCAUGCCAAAAUCGAUGGAAAAUUUUUAUCAAGAAAGUGGACGUGCAGGACGUGACGAUAAUUUGGCUACUUGCAUUCUUUUCUUCCGAUUCCCAGACGUCUUCCGGCAAAGUACCAUGGUGUUCACUGAACAGAAAGGAUUGGAACAUUUAUACGCUAUGGUUGCUUACUGUUUAGAUCUGUCCAGGUGUCGACGAGCAAUUAUUGCUCAACAUUUUGGAGAAAGGUGGGAAUCAUCUGACUGCAACAAUAUGUGCGACCAUUGUGAUAACUAUGGCCCAUAUGUGGAAACACAAAAGAAUAUUUCAAAAGAAUACAGGAUUUUAUGUGAUAUUUUAAAUCAUAGCAAUAUGAUUGAUGAAAGGCUGACUUCUCAAAAAUUAAUUGAAUCUUGGACUGGAAAAGGUCCACCAAAGUUAAGACCACCUGGAUUGUCACCUACACUCCUCAGCAGAGAAAACUGUGAGAGAAUAAUUGCCCUUUUGCUUCUUGAGUCAUAUCUAAUAGAAGAAUUCCAUUUUACACCUUAUUCUACUAUAAGCUAUAUAAACAUUGGCUCCAGAAAACCACCAAAAAAUGACGAAUUGCUUCUCCCAAUGCCAUGUCUCAAAGCUAAAGUGCAAAACAGUUCAAAAAAUGGUGUGCACAGCUCAUCUAAUAAAUCAACCAAAGAAGACAGCAGUUCUGCUAAAAGCGAUUCUUCAAAAAUAAUAAAAACAAAACCUGCAAGUGAAAACUCAAAAGUGACAUCCUUAAAUAAAAAAAACAAGGCCUGUGUCAGGCAGCACAUCAACUAAAGGAAGUGCAGCAACUCCUCAAAAGACCAAGAAAACUAAAGUGAAGCUUUGUGCUGUAAAUGAAGAAAAAUCACAUUUCAGUGGUGCUAUUUUUAAUUCUAAAUCAUCUGAAGUUCAAGAAAUAGCUAAAAAAGAUGACAGUUCUAUUAGUUUUACAAAGACGCCCUCACAGGAAGAAAUUCAACUUUCGGACAGUGAUAUGGAAUUUGAUUGUUACGAAAUAACAUCACAUAAGAAAAGAACACCCAUGGUUAUUGUUAGUGACAGUGAAUGACUUUUAUUUGUCUUUCAAACUCUGUAUUUAUCAAAAAAAAUUUAAACUUUUUUUUAUGUGUCAGAAAAAUAGUUGAAACAUGGAAAGGGUUUUUUUCAACUCUUCCAUACACAUUCAUGUCAAAACCUUUUCUGUAUUUUCAUUUCAAAAUAUUCCAUCUAUCAAAUCGAAAGUUUCAUGAAACUAUGCACGGUACAACUUCGAUUUAACGAUUCCCUAUUAAACGAUUUCCUCAAUUUAAUGAUACAUUUCCCUGGUCCAGGUCCAUACUCCUCGAUUUAACAAUGCUCUUGAUUUAACGAUAACUUUUUCCAGUCCCUUGAUAAUUGUUAAAUCAAGGUUAUACUGUAUUUGUGUUUCAAUAUUUUAAAAAAGUAUGCUUUUAUUAAAAGGAUUUUUUAUUUUAAUGCUUAAUUAAUCUGCUUAGAAUUCUUUAGUACGUAUGUUCAAGGAAUGUCUAAAGAAUUUGUUCAUGCAGUCAUUCCAUGUAAAAUCAACUUGACAUCUUAAAUUUACAUAUAAUGUUAUUAAAAAAUCUAUCACUCAUAA